CUCUCUCUUCCUUGUUUCUCUGUCCGACCCGACGUUGUGAUUGGGGAGUGCUCACACCAUUUCCUCUCUCCUCUCCAUCCACAUCAGGGACAGCGCUCCACGCCUCCGCCUCCGAAGUCCCAAAUCCAGCGCCUCCACCCCGAACCUGCUCAUCGAACCCUUCUCGCUGAACACGCCGGAGGAAUUCUUGUCUGGCAGUCGUCCUCCUCUCUUCGUCUGGGCUGGCGUGGAGUGGAGAUCCACACGCACGUGGAUUGGUCUCUCCUUUUGUUGUCGUGGAUUUGUGUGCUGCGCGGUGUCCAUACUGAUCCAACACACCCGUCCAUGGCUCGAUUAGAUUCUUCUUCAUCGCCCCGAGAUCGACAUUAGUUGACGCCAUAGGGCUUCUCGGUAGCCAAUCAAGACUGCUUGGCGACUCCACCGAUCCCUUGGCCAAGCAAAUAUAAAAUAACAAGCGAAACAACUCUGCAUUGUGGGUUGGACCCAUCAUAUAAUCAUAUUUUCAGUGUCCUGCAUUCUCUGAUGUUGCUCUUGCUUUAAAUUGAAAGCUCUGUCCUUUUGGGAGCUUAAGAGGUGAAAGUAACAUUGGACUAGAGAGGAAUAAACGAUGGGAAAAGGAGAUGUGGUCACUAGGUCCAAAUCUCAAAAAUCAUCAGCGAUACAGAUUGAACAGAGUACACCUACUAAUCCCCCCACAGCAUAUCCUGACUGGUCUCAGUUCCAGGCAUACUAUAAUGCUGCUGGGACGGCUCCAAUGACCCCACCAGCUUUUUUUCAUUCAUCUGUGGCUCCGAGUCCUCAGGGUCACCCAUACAUGUGGGGUCCACAGAUGAUGCCUCCUUAUGGGACACCACCACCAUAUGCAGCGAUGUAUGCACAUGGCACACCAUAUCAGCAGGCACCCAUGCCACCGGGUUCACACCGGUACAGUCCUUAUCCUGUGCAAUCACCAAAUGGGACAGUUCAAACUCCUACUUCUGGUGCUGGCGGUACAGAGACAGAUAAAUCAAGCAAAAAUAAGCGGAAGACUCCCCUGAAGAGAUCAAAAGGAAGCUUAGGUAGUCUGGAUGUAGUUACAGCGAAAAAUAAUAAGUCACCUGCAAAACCUUCAGCUUCAUCCUCCAAUGAAGGUUCUUCACAAAGUGAGAGUGGAAGCGGGAGUUCUUCUGAAGGAAGCAGUACAAAUUCAAAAAGUGGUUCAAGGGCAAAGGAUGGUUCUGAGCGUGGGCAGGGGAAUGAUGCUAGGAAUAAAGGUACUAAGAGCUCUGCAAUUGAGCCCACACAACCAUCUUCUGGGCCACUUGUGCUUAACCCUAUGAUGCCAUUUUGGCCUGUUCCCCCUCCCAUGGCUGGCCCAGCAGCUACUCUAAACAUGGGUGUGGAUUACUGGGGCGCUCCUACGUCUGUACCCAUGCAUGGUAAAGUUAUUGCAGCACCGACAUCAGCUCCUUCGUCAAAUUCACGUGAUGUUGUUCUGAGUGAUCUGGCUAUACAGGAUGAGCGAGAACUGAAGAAACAAAAACGGAAGCAAUCGAAUAGGGAAUCAGCUCGCCGCUCAAGAUUACGCAAGCAGGCUGAAUGGGAGGAAGUAGCCAACCGUGCAGAUUUGCUAAAGCAGGAAAAUAUUUCACUUAAAGAAGAAUCGAAACAACUUCAGGAGAAGUGUGAUAGCUUGACCUCGGAAAAUACAUCUCUACAUGAGAAGCUUAAAGAGCUUGAGGACGAGAAAUCAAAUGGAAAUUGGUACAAAGAUUGAAGUCCUAAACUUCUUUCUUUCUGACUGCUGAUAUAAUUUGGUGGUGGCAUGAUAGGUCGGAUAAUUAGGAGGUAUUCAUGUGUGCUAUUAGAUUUUUGUCCGAGGGGUAAAAUUGUAUCAUAGGACUUGACAUGAUGGCUACAGAUUUUCUUCCAGUUUCCUCAGCUGCUGUGCUGUGUACUUUCUUCUUCCUCUCUGUGCUAGACGCUAGAGAAGUACUGCUCUGUAGAAAUCCCCGGGUGAUGUUUGGCACUUGGGGAUUAGCGUAUGAUAUAGUUGUUGUAGAGCUGCUCAUUGAGCUUCGGGACCUAAACUGAAGCGUGUUACAAAUAUUAUUUGUGAUCUACCGAUCCAGAUGUACUAAUUUGUAUACUGUACUAAUGAAUAGUAUUUACGGAUUUCACUA